AAACGAUAAGAGCUGGCGCGGCGGACGAGAGCGCCGCUGCGGAUAAACACGGUUCCAGUAACCUCGAGCAGUCAGUGCAUUGUGACUCGUUGGAGGGUGCGGAACUCAAGCAAAAAUUUGAGCGAAAAUGACAUUAUUUGUGUUCUAUUCUGUACUUCAUAGUUUGCUGUGGGCAUCGUCCUACGGCGCUGGAUAUGUUGAGAGCGGCGUGACGGCGGGCGAGGCGGCGCCGCGGUUCGAGCCGCAGGUGGCGAUGGUGUGCGCCGGCCGAAGCCAGUACUACGCGCAGUACAUGACGGAGACCGGGCGGUGGCUCACGGACGCCAACUCGAAGGUCACUUGCCUCAAGGACAAGGUGGACAUCCUGCGCUAUUGCAAGCAGGUGUACCCAGAACGCGACAUCACCAACAUCGUUGAGUCGUCACACUAUUACAAGGUGCCCAACUUCUGCCGAAUUGGUCAUGCCAAGUGCAAAGCCUCUGCCUGGGUCAAGCCCUACCGCUGUCUUGAAGGAUCCUUCCAGUCGGACGCCCUGCUGGUGCCAGAGGGCUGCCUCUUCGACCACAUCCACAACCAGUCGCGAUGCUGGGAGUUUGACCGCUGGAAUACCACAGCAGACCAUGCUUGUGGGGCACGUAGGAUGACCCUGAAGUCCUUUGCCAUGCUCCUGCCAUGUGGGAUUGACGUGUUCUCUGGCGUGGAGUUCGUAUGCUGCCCCAAGAACUACAAAGGCCAUGGCAAGGCCCGCCCCAUGGAGGUGGAGGAGCCAGUGGCGCUGCCGCAGGUCGACCGCCGGGCGCACCAGCCAGAAGCAGCCAAUGCUGCCGCUGCCACCACCACCAUGCCCAAGAUUGUCACGACCACACCUUCACAGGAGGUUGGCACUCGCGAUGAGUAUUUCAGCCGCUUUGACCCACAUGAGGAGCAUGAUGCUUUCCGCCGUGCUGAGCAGAGGCUGGAGGAACGCCAUCGUGAGAAGGUCUCCAAGAUCAUGAAGGAAUGGUCCGACCUGGAGGAGAGAUACCAGGACCUGCGCGCCAAGGACCCCCGUGGAGCCGAGGAAUUCAAGCAUCGUAUGACCCAGCGCUUCCAGCAGACCGUUGAGGCAGUGGAGGCUGAGAAUGAGGCUGAGAAACAUCAACUAACAGCACUCCACCAGCAGAGAAUUGUGGCUCACAUCAAUGAGAUGAAGAGGGAAGCCAUGACAUGCUACACACGAGCCCUUGCUGAGAAGCAGCCCAAUACACACAAAGUCCAGAAGUGUCUGCAGAAACUGCUCCGCGCUCUCAACAAGGACCGCCACCACACUGUGUCCCACUACAAGCACCUUCUCAACUCAGACUACGAGGCUGCAGACCGCGAGCGUGAUGCCACCUUGCAGCAUCUGAGCGACCUGGAGCGCAUGGUCAACCAGUCUCUCAACAUGCUUGCCAGACACCCAGACCUGAAUGCAAAGAUUGGCCGACUAAUGCGUGAGUAUGCAGCUGCUCUCCGAAGCAAGGACUCCACACCACCUGAACUGUCCACUCAUGCUCCCAAAUACCUCUCCAGUGAAGUGGAGACUGAUGACGAAUCAUCAGCUGAUGAUGCUACCAAGUUAGAAGAUGACAUUGAGGAUGGAGAUGAUGAUGAUGAGGACUCUAAGGAAGCAGACAGUGAUGAUGAGGAUGAUGAGGAUGACUCUAGUGUGGACGAGACCUACCCCGAGCAGGUUGAGCAGGACAGCAGCAUGACCCAGCCCAGCCGUGAUCAGCAAGAGGAGGUAGAAAGUGAGUCAGUCAGCCAGGAGCCUGUGGAACUUGACACCCCCACAGUGGACUCUGGCAUGAGGGUGGCUUCUCCAGUGCCCAAUGCCUCAGCCUCCCCUGAGCCUGUGCUCCUCCACCAUGUUGAUGAUGUGCAUGUGGCCCACGCACAGCACCACCAGAUCUCCCACUCGCAGGCUAGCUACAGUGUGACCCGCGAGACCUCAGGAAGUGAGGGCCGUGGUGUUUACUUUACACUUGCCUUUGCUGGCCUAGCAUUGAUGAUGGCCAUGGUAGUAGGCAUCGUGGUGCUCCGUCGAAGGAACAACAGCAAUCCUCAUAACCAGGGCUUCAUGGAGGUUGACCAGGCCAUCACACCCGAGGAAAGGCAUGUGGCCAACAUGCAGGUCAAUGGAUACGAGAACCCCACUUAUAAAUACUUUGAGGAGAAGUAAAGCAGGGAAGAAAGAGGCUUUCGGAAGCCUCGUCCCAUAAAUGAAUAAAUAGAUACAUAAAAAAAAUAAUAAUACUUAAUAUUAUAUGUAUAGAAUGGAAAAAAAUUAAAGAAAAGAAGGGUUGGGAAGCCAGUCGUCCGGCUGUUCCCUUCAUCAGACACCUGUAGAACGGCUGGAAAUUAGUCUGUGGAUGGAGACCUUGCACAAGGACCCUCAUCAAGAAAGGGUCAGUUAGCAAGUUUGAUUUUUACAUAAACAGUAUAGCGAUUAGUAGAUGAAUAAAAAAGAAAACAAAAAAAAAAAGGAAGGAAAAGAGAGGAAAAGGAAUAUUUGGCUUAUUUGAAGAACAAGGAACAAAAGGGAUUGUAUGAGUGACAGGUGCUGAUCGCUAGUAUGCAUCUCCGCUGACGUUAUAUUAUCACCAAUGGUCGCGGUUCCUCUGAUAUAGGUGAGGUUAAGUUGUCUGAAAGGAAUGCAAGGAGGUGUUUUUUAAUCUUCCUUUUUUUCACUAUUUGGCUCCACCCAAAAGGACAGAAACAGUAACUACUAUUCCUAUUUGGCCUAUAAGCUCUUCUAUACACAAUUGCAGCUCUUCCUUUAGAUCUUUAGUUUUAUUUUGAUUUGAUUUAUUUUUUUAUUUUUUUAUUUUUUUUUAUAGCAAAAGGUACUUUGGAAACCAAGUACUCGUUGAAUUAGAGUCAUUAUAAUGCUGUGCAAAGCCAUACAUUGAAGUUGCUUUUUUCAGACGAACUUUCCUUUCCGUACCACAGGGGGAGUCAACCCGGGCCAUUAGUGAUGGGUCAAAGUGAUUGUUUUCGAAGGUCACAUGAAUCUCAAAGCCUUAGAUUAUAUUGGUUAUAAGUCGCCAACACUCCUGCAAGUAUGGGUGAUGCAUCGUGUCCAUCUUAGUAUAAAAUAAUUUGUUCUGAUAGAAGAAGAAAAGCAGAUAGGUUUUAUGCUUUUUAAGAUAGUCUAACCCUUUACAGAAUAUUGGCCGCUGCGGUUGUAAAUCAUCACUACCUUUCAAUUAAGAAAAAAAAACAAAAUUAGCUGUUCUGGGUGCUUGGUGUGUGUUUUGAUAUUGGUUCUCGUCGUUGAGAGCAGAUACGUACCAAAUUAUACUUUUUCUACACAUCUUUUAUUUUUCUCACUUUUUCUAAUCAAAAGUAAAGAAAGAGAUGAAUAGAUAGUUUGGUUGAUGAAUAGCAGCUUUCCUCCUCCUUGGGGUAGAGAGUGGAGUCUCGCCACUUCUGUACACAGUGAGGAAAGGGAUUAUUCUGUCUUUUCUUCUUUGUUUCCAAAAUAAAAACCCAAGAUUUUGAACACCGCCCAAAAGCCCAGGGUAGCUGAUGGAGUAGCUUAUGACGGGUCGGUCGCCACGUGAAAGGGGAUUCUGUUCUAUACGCGCACGUGUAUGACGGAGUCUUUUUUUGGGACAUGGCACCUGAAUUGAGUGGUCUUUUUUAAUGCAUUAUUUUGAUGCAGUUCAGCAAAAAAAAAAGAAGAAAAAUCCCACCCCUCCUUUUCCCCCUUCCUUUCCCUUUUCCCCUUCCCCCAUUUCAAGUUUUUAUUCUAUAGGAGAAAUUUAUAUUUUUGUCACUCCCCUCUCAUCAAGGUGCCGGUUAGAUACUUUUUUUAUGUUACAAAGUCCACUGUAGAUCUCUAGAUCUGUAAAGAUUUUUUUACAUAUACAUAUAUACAGUAUAUAUAAUAUAUAUAUAUUUUUUAUCAUUAUUUACUUUUAAUAUGGUUAUUUGUCUUCUAAUUGACCAUCAUGAAGUGAAAAAAAUUAAGCUCCUUUCAAUUGCAAAUGUCGAGAAUAUUUGGCUUAUAUGUGUACAGCAAAGUAAUGCUUUAGUUCUGAUGUAAACAAACUUAUAUUUCAUACCUCCUCAUAACUCAAUAUUUAUGAUGGUAAUUACCUAGUGCACUAUUGUAAUUGUGUUAAGGCUAUAUUAUGUGGAAUCUCUAAUGGUUACAAAAAAAUGAUAAUAAAAAAUGAGAAAAAGAAGAAGAAAAAAAAAGAGAGAGAAAGAGAGGUGGUGAAGCCCUCUCUGAUAAUGUUUAUUAUCGGAGAGGGUGGGAAACUUGGAUAAAGUAAUUCUACAUCUUUUCUCCAUAUGUCUGUACGUACACAUGUAAGUGUUGCCGUACGUACGUACACGUGUAAGUGUCGCUGCUUGCCUUCAGUAAGCUGUUGUCGAAAUUUCUAGGCAAGGUUUCUUUAACACAUACUUCCGCUCAUGUUUUUUUAUUUUUUUACUUUUUUGUUUCCUCUUUUUAUUCCUUCCCGUGUGUCGGUCGGCCAGCAGCUUUUGAGUCUUUGCACAGGAUGUCAUGUUCCAGCUUAGGGUUGGCACGAAUACGAGUGCUGACGGAACCAACCAUCUGCCAACAAGUCAACCGACACGGUGUUAGCAAAGCCUGUUGGCACGUGGUGGGGAUAAGCUGUCUCUUUUUUUUCUUCUCUCUCAAUGGUGUUCUAAGAUAAAAGGGCAGUUAAGAUAAAGUAACAAACACUUCUUUCAAACAAAAUAAGAUAAAAUAUAUGAUAAUGUCUUGGGGGAUUUUUUAAAAUAUAUCAUUCAGAGCAAUUGCUGCAGUUACAAGACAACUUGACUUCUAAACUAAACUCCAUAUAUAAAUAUAAAUAUAUAAAUACAUACAUAUGAAAAUUGCGUACCUCUUCUUUGCCAUAUCCUGUUUGUUUCUCGAUUAGCCAUUCCUCAUUUAUGAUAUACUUGAUCGUGUAUCCGAGCUAACGAUUUCCUCUGCAUUCCCCUUGUUUUUCCUCCAUUCUAUGUUCUAUGGUAUAUAUGCUAUAGUUUGUUGUUUAAUCAUAGAGGAGCAGUACAUAAAAGCUACUUUCCCUUGCCACUCACAGCAUAUACCUAGAUAUAUAUUGAAGCAUGUACAUAAAGAGUGGUGCAGGGUUCGUGUCGUAUCAUAGAGUUGUAUCAUUUUAUACUACCAGACUUUUUCUGUAGUUACAGUUGCUCUUCAUGACGCAGGAUUUUCCCAGGAGUUAUUUUUGAUUUUUAAGUUUUCUUUUCUGGUGUUAAGGUCAUUUUUUUGUUUUUGUUUUCUUUCUUUUUUUUUUCCUUUUUUCUUCCCUCCCCCUUUUUGCAUACAUAUUUUUCUUUCUCUCUCUGCCUCCCGUUUUUUAUUGCCAACUUCUUAAUUGUUCACCUCUAUAUACCUGUCUAUAUAGUGCCAUUGUAAAAAAAACAAAGCAAAACUUUGUUUUUCCUUUUGUUCUUUUUUGUUAUUAUCACCUUUUAGUUUUUUUCCCAAUUUUAAAAGAACUGGAUAUUUUAUCUGCUAAUUAUAAGUUUUUUUUUUUUUUUUUUUUUUUUUUUUUUUUUUUUCUUCCCAAUUUUUUAUAGCAUUAUGAUAAGUGUCUAGUUCAUGGGUCACAAAUUGUUACAUUCCCGUUUGCAUUGUCUUGCGUUGCUCAUCGCUGAGGAGAAAACCGUCAUUGUAGAACUUACUUGCUAGGCUGUAAAAUGGAGUCACAAUUAGUUCUAGUAAGUAAUGAUAUUUACUGUGAAUGAGAGUAAGUGCUUCUUCUUUGUGGAAGUCAAGUGUGCAACAAAAAAAUAAUAAUAAUAAAACAAAAAAACCCGACAUGUAGCUAUUGCUACCAGGUGUUUUCGAGUGUCAGGCUGCGUCCCCUGUAAGGUGGGAGGGUUUCUGGUUUUUCUUUGUUUUUUGUUUUUUUUUACAGUUAUUAACUUUAAGAUCCAAUUUGGUCAUUCAGCAUUCUGUGUAGGGUUCCAUUAUACCCAAGAAAUGUGCAUAUUUUAGGGGUGGCAGGUUUGCGGCAUUUGUCCGAAAAAAAAGCAAAAAAGAAAAAAACUUGGCAGUCUCUGAAAUAUGACUUGAACUAAACUUUUUCUUGAAUAAUGGUUAAGAAUAGGAUAACAAAAUUAUUAAUUGGUAAAAAGAAAAAUGCUUAAAAAAAAAAAACUAAAUUUAAUUCCCUCACAAGGACUCUCCUUUCAUGCUGUGGACACUGUCUUUAGUGUUCUUUAACCACUGUAGCUUAAAGAGUCUGUAUGUCUCACACAAUAGCAGGUUAAGUGAUAUUGUCUUGCUCUCAUCUCCCUUGGCGAAAUGUAGCACAGGUCAUCGUACCGCACUAUAGUGUUCUGGCAGCUAUUUUUAAUGUGUUCUUCAUGGUAAUGAGGACUUGAGAUGAUUUGAAAUGAUACUAUGAUAAUGAUAAAGAUAAGAAAAGGUAAAAAAAUGUAAGCAUUUUUUAAAUCAAAUUGUAUCUCGCAUAGUCACAAGACAUACGGCCUCGGGAGUUGGGAUUAUAUACUUGAUCUGAAGUAAAUGUACCAAAAAAAUGGUAAA